GUUCAGCCAAUCAACUACUUUGACGUCAUCGGGAUGUCGAAGGACUACGAGCCGAUCCUGGACACCCCGAGCAGAUUCUGUGCAGGACACCGGAUGGACCUCAAGUCAGAGAAAAUACAGCGGAUCCUCUCCAAGUACAAAUUUCAUGAUGUUGCCGUUGAGGAGCUGCAGAAAAUCCAUCGACUCUUCCCUGAGAUGAGACCGUCCACAGCUACUUACACAUACACUGACAGCACUCAGAAAGAUCUCCUGAAGUUAACUGGUGUCAUUCCUGUAAAGUAUAAAGGUCGCUCUUACAACAUCCCCAUUAAGCUGUGGCUUCUGGACUCCUUCCCCUUCACGCCUCCCAUCUGUCUCCUGAGACCCACCUCCAACAUGGUCAUCAGGGAGGGCAAGCAUGUCAAUGCCAAAGGACGGAUCUACCUGCCAGGACUUCACAACUGGGAUUAUCCCAAGUCAUCAGUCGUUGGGCUUUUGAAUGAGAUGAUCUCUAAGUUUGAGGAAGAGCCUCCGCUGUCCUCGAAGAUCACGGAGGACAACAAAGACCCUCAUCAGCUCCUGGCGUUCGUCUCUAAUCUCCAGAUCAGUGAUGGUAGAGUCAAGCCCGAGGAACAACAGACCUUAAAAGUUUCAGUCAUCGGGGGAGGGGAUUUAGGGAUGGCGUGUGUGAUGAGCAUUUUAUCUAAAUGUAAUGUGGAUAAACUUGUUUUCAUUGAUGUUGCUGAGAGCUCCACCAAAGGUGGCAGCACAGAUCUAGAAAUAUUCAGCGUGCCAAAGGUUGAGGUAUCAAGAGAUUUAUCGGCCUCUGCCGGCUCCCGGGUCGUCGUGGUGACGGCCAACGCGUGGAGCGGCGAGCAGUCCUACGUAAGCGUGGUUCAGACUAAUGUGGAUUUGUACAGAAAAAUAAUCCCAAAUCUGGCACGUUUCAGCCCCGGUGCCAUCAUGCUCAUUGCAUCACAACCAGUGGACAUCAUGACACACGUGGCCUGGAGGCAGAGUGGACUUCCUCCGACACAUGUGGUCGGAGCGGGAUGUAAUCUGGACUCGGAGCGGCUCAGUCACGCUCUGGAUAUUAAUCUGAACACUCAUAAACCUGCAUGGGUCAUAGGGGAACUUUCAGACAACAAAGUUUCUGUGAUGAGCAGCAUUGGGCUGAGCUCCGACACGCCUGAGAUCACACCGGGAUCCAACUCGACCAAACUGCUGUUGGACAGGGCUUUUGAGCUCAUAAAGAAUCGAGGUCAGAGGUCGUGGUCUGUGGGCCUUUCUGUUGCCGACAUCACCAACAGCAUCUUGACAAAUAAGAUGAAGGCGCACUCCAUCUCCACCCUGGCUCAGGGCUGGGGGGGAAUAGGUGCAGAGGUGUUCUUCAGUCUGCCUUGCAUCAUGGGAGCAAAUGGAUCCACUCGCCUGGCCGGCGUGUCGCUGGGACAGGAGCAGGACUCCAAACUCAGGGAGAGCGUCGCCUCACUUUCAAACCUCAUGAGUCAGCUCCAGAUGUGAACGUGGAGCCGCCGCUGCAGCUCUAGAGUCACCAUGCAGUUCACUUCACUCUUAUUUAUAUGAAGGCAGGACAUUUUGUUAUGGUAAUAAAUAAAAAAAACCACUUUAAAGAAGUCAGAAUUGAUUCAACUCGUUCUGACGAUCCUCAGAUGAUGUGCACGAAUAUAUAUGGUUGUCAGGGCCGUGGCGGGCUGUUCUUGUAUUACAUACAAAUAUAUUUUUUAUUCAUGGAAUCUGUAAAAUAGAUAAAAAGCCAAGCAGCUUGCAUUGAAGAGUGUGGCUUAGUAUGUCCUUUAAAACUUUGUAGUUUAAGAAUAAUAUAAAGAUUAUGUUGCAGAUUUAAAUGUAUAGAGUGCCUUAUCAAGUGCAGCUUGUGGCUGCUUUCUUACAUAAUGUUGCUAAUGUUUACUUAAGGUUAAACACGCUCACAUAGCUUCAUACGAAGCCACUUCACAUUUGUACAAUAGGCAGGACUGCAUGAUUUUUAUGGGUGCGCAAUAAAAGUCUGAAAUCAGUAAAAA